AUGACCGCCGCCCCUCGCUCGUACUCGAAGACGUACAAGGUCCCCAAGCGCCCUUACGAGGCCGCCCGUCUCGACGCCGAGCUCAAGCUCGCCGGCGAGUACGGUCUCCGUAACAAGCGUGAGAUCUGGCGCAUCCAGCUCACCCUCUCGAAGAUCCGUCGUGCUGCCCGUGACCUCCUCAAGCUUGACGACAAGGACCCCAAGCGCCUCUUCGAGGGCAACGCCCUUAUCCGCCGUCUCGUGCGCAUCGGUGUGCUCGACGACUCGCGCAUGCGUCUCGACUACGUUCUUGCCCUCAAGACCGAGGACUUCCUUGAGCGUCGUCUCCAGACCCAGGUCUUCAAGCUUGGUCUUGCCAAGUCGGUCCACCACGCCCGUGUCCUCAUCCGCCAGCGCCACAUCCGCGUCGGCAAGCAGGUCGUCAACGUCCCCUCGUUCGUCGUCCGCCUCGACUCGCAGAAGCACAUCGACUUCUCGCUCAAGUCGCCUUACGGUGGUGGCCGUGCCGGCCGCGUGAAGCGCAAGCGCGCCGCCGCCGCCGAGGGCGGUGAGGCCGCCGAGGAGGAGGACGAGGAGUAA